AUCUACGUUACGUGUCUUCUUGAAGUUUCAUUUUCAAUUUAAAAUUAUUAUUUGGGAGAUCUCUGGAUCUAGAUACUCUAUUCUAGAGUAGAGGACUCUAGAGACUGACUAGAGUCAUUUUUACUGACAACUAAUUUACUAAUUAAUGCUACAUUAAUUAUUAAAUUGGACAAGAAUUUAAUAACUGACAGAAGUUUGAAUAAAGAAACGAUGGUGUAGGCCUACUAGCUCUGAAAGCUUCAUUUAACAUCAGUAAGCAAAUGCAAUGGAAUUUGUUUUGCGGAACACUCCUUGUCAGUACACCAAUAAUUUGAUAAAAGAUUAUGUGGAAGGUCUCCUAGAUAUUGAUGUUAAUAAAGUCUACAUGAUAAAUGGCCUUGCCCUAGUUACAGUGGCACGGGAAAUAGAAGAUUUUGAAGCUGCCAAAAAGAUCAUAAAAGAGAAUACUCUAGAAUCCAACAAAAUCAGUUUGAUUAAAGUAUCAACAAGAGCUUCAGAUGCCAUCACAGUGUACAACAUUGAUGAAGACAUUUUGUCUGAACAGUUUCUGUCUUUAUUUUUCCAAGCUGAAUUUGAUAUACCAGAAGAAAACAUAACUGAAUGUAAAAUUUGGCCUACACACAGAAUUGGUUUCUUAAGAUUCACUGAAGGCACAGACAUAGGUUCCAUUUUAGUAAAGGAUGAUUAUGUUCCACUCCCGUCUGAAGAAUACCAUAUUCAAGUUGGACCAUACUAUGCCGAAUUUCAUGAUGUCCUAAACAAGGAGUGGUCUUCUGGUAGACAGGAUAUUUCACAUAGUACAGAUGAGGGUAGUGACAGUGAUAGCUCUGUGGAGUUAGAAGGCAAUCAGAAUGUGGAUAAUAGUUAUGACAGUAGUCAGGAUAAUUUUACUUCAGAUAGUGACAGUGAUAACUCAGGACAGUCAAAAGGCAAUCAGAAGGCGGAUAAUAGUCACAACAGCAAGGGGAAUGUUAAAGAAAGUCCAAAAGUUACUUCUGAAAGUGAGAGCGAUAGUGACAAUUCAUCAGAACAAGAAGAAAAUGAUGAUACUAAUGAUAAACAUAACAACAGUAAGGAUGGCGCAAGAGUAAGAAAACAUGUAGCUGAUAGUAGUGAAAGUGAUAGCUCAAAUACAGAAGAAAAGUCACAAUCUGAUAGUGACACUGUAAUCAGUAACAGUAAUAAUAAAAUAAUAAAAAGAACAUCGCAAAAUGUACCAAAAGUUUUAUCAGAAAAAACUAAACUGCUAAAACACAAACAACAACAAAUGGCUAACAGUAAUAGUGAGAGCAGUGAAGACGAGAAAGGUGAAAUAGUAAAAUGUAAGACACAAAGAGAACAAAAAAUUUUAUCAGAAAAAUCAAGGCACUUAAAACACAAACAACAGGAAAUAGCUGACAGUGAUAGUGAGGGCAGUGAAGACGAGGAAGGUGAAGUUGUAAAAACUAAGACACAAAGAGAAAAAAAAGUUUUAUCAGAAGCAGCAAAAAUUAGGAAAAAUAAAAAACAUGAAGAGGAUAGCAACAGUAGUGACAGCAGUGAAGAGGAGGAUGAAGAAAUCGUAAAUAACAAGUCACCGGAUCAACCAAAAGUUUCAGGUAAAAAAGCAAAAGUCAGCAAAGGACAAAAAAUAUCUAAAAGUGAUGUUGAUAGCAGUGAAGUAGAGAGCAAUGAAAGUGAAGACGGUAAUGAAAGUGAUGAAAACUCUUCAAGUGAUCAACAUGAAUCUGAUGAAUCUGAAACAGAAGACUCACCUAGCUCAAAUGAAAGUGAUAAAGAAGUUCAACAAAAGAAUUCUGUAAUGAAAAAAUCACUGAGAGAAGAUAGUGGAUCUCAUGAUGGUUUGGGAAACCAAGAACAAUCAGCUAAGGUCAACCAUAAUUCAAAAAAGAAUAAUUUAACCAAAAGCCUUGAAUAUUCAAGUAAUUCUUCAAAUCAAGCCACAACUGUCCCACAAAAACCUGUCAUUAUUAUUAAAAAAAUAUUUUCUAAACAAACAACAGAAGAUUCUAAUGGCUGCAUUAAAUCUCCAAAGAAAAAAACAGGUUUAGUCACUCAACAGAUCUCAGAGCAGGCAGAAGAUACCCAAGUAACUGAAGAAAAAACAAUACAAGAAGUACAGAGUCAUUUUAUUAAGAAAUGUUUUGGUAAAUUUGAAAACUGCACAGUUGAAUAUGAUGCCACGAAGAAGACAGCUGUUUUUAAAGGCACGCAAGAUGCUGUCACAGAUCAUAAAACAAAAAUGUUAGAAAAACUUCGAAGCAUAGCCAUGAAAGAACUUCCGUUAGAAAUAUUAUCUAAUGUCAGAGCUAAAAAAAGUAUAGAAAAGUUUUUACAAUCACGACGUGUUCAAGUUUCCAUCAAAGACAUUAAGCUAACCCUGGCAUCUAAACAUGAAGAUAUAUUGGAUAGUACAAUUACCGACAUCAAACAAGAAUUUAACAUUGAAAAGAUGUUCAAGUCUCCAGUGUCUAUAGCUACAGAAGAACUUGAAAAAUUGAAAGUGACACUAGAGAACAAAUAUUUGAUUUAUGUUUCAUGGACAGAUCAAAACCAUGAAAUACGAUUAGUUAGUAGUAAGACUGACCUGGAUGAAGCAGAAAAGGAAAUAAAUCGUUUUCGUAAAAGUGUUGAUGUUGUUGAAAAAGAGUUUUCUUUGGAGGGAAUUAAAGCAAAGUAUGUGUAUAAAUAUGUUACUAAAAGGUUUUGUUCACUUCUAAAAGAUGUUGAAGUUUUGGAACAAUCAGAAGGGGAAGACGGUAUUAAAGUUAAAUUCAAAGAAAGCUAUGCCAUUGUAGAUCAAGUUUACUCUAAUUUAUUAGACUUUGUAAACCAAAUAGAACAUCAAGUGUUUGACCUCACAACCAUGUACACCAAGACUGAAGAUCUUACACUGGUUGUGUUGGGUUUAAAUACUGAUGAAGUGAGGCAACAGAUCCGUGAGAUGGAAAAGUCUGAGAAAUGUAUCAUUCUGCUAAACAUACCAGAUAGCUCUUGUAUCAAGCCUGUUGAAUCAGAACUUGAUGCUGCUUGUCAGAAGUUUCAGUCAAAUAACAGUUUUGUUUAUGUAAAAACAGGUGAUUUACACAAGGAAAAAUCAGACAUCAUUGUCAUGUUUCUGGAUAAAGGAGAUAAAAGUUUUGAUAAAAGAAAGUCACUAUUUCACCAUGAGGUAAUGUUGGAUGAUGAUGAUGAUGAUAUGACAGAUGACAUCCAGGUUUUUAUGAACACUGACACUUUGAGCCCAAAUGUCAGGGCAGAAUGUUGUGUUUUGGUUGGACAACAUGAUCAAAGUUCACUAAGUUCACUUGUAGAUUACAUCAUCAAUGGUAUUCUUCAAGAAGCUCUGUCUCUGGGAGCCAGUACAAUUUCUAUUUCUUCUAAAACUUUAAACAAAUUGUUCAACAGCACAACAGCAGAUAUUUCUGAGGCUUUAAUAACUGCUAUCCAUUCAUUCUUGGAGGAAAAUGAUUUAAGUAGAGUAAAUGUAAUUGUAAACAAAGAAGAUUUUCAAGAAUUUGUUAAUGUAGCAUCAACUACUUUUACAGAUGAAGAUGCUGGUGAUGAUGAUAAUGAUGAAUCAUCUGAAGACGGUGAUGACUCUGAAGAUGAAAGUACCAAAAAGUUAACUGUAGGUUAUUUAGACACCAGUGAUGUCCAGUGUGUUACUGUAGAUAUCUGCUUUAUUGAUUGUAAAGAAUCAGCAAAUCUGGCCAUAAAACUACAGAAACUCAUAGAAACUGAAUGCCUGUAUACAUCAAAAAUGUCAAAUGAAGCGAUGGAUUUCUGGCCUUUAGAUUUUAUAAAGGCAGUAGAAGAAAAAGUUAAAGGGCUGCACCUUUAUGUUGAGAUGACUAAUGGCAAUGACAGCGUCAGUCAUACAAUCAAAGGGAAAAAACAAUCAGUUGAUAUUUUGGAAGAAUUUUUUAAGAAAGAAAUUAUGACAAUUAUUAAAAAGUGGCCCAAACACUGUAUUACAUCAUCAAGUACACCAGCUAGAAAGACCAUUGAAUUUUUGGGUCAUGCUUCAAGUAUUAAUGAAACAUGUCCUUCUUACUGGAAUUUAUACAAAAAAAGAGGAUUUUGGGAAAAAAAUUUUAAAUUAGGUUUAUUAAAAAAGAAAAAGCUGUUAGUAAAAGUGGAUGAGGAAACAAAAAAAGCUGUCACUGAUUUAGUACUGGCUACUUGGGAUUCAGGCAAAGUUGGCUUAGGGGCUGAUGCUACAGGGCUGCAGAAGUAUACAACAAUAGAGGUACUUGAUGUUAGAAGAAUAGAAAAUCCAGUGCUAUUUGAACAGUACGCAAACCAAAGGAAAGUUUUAUUUAACAGAAUGUCUGAAAAAGGUAAAGUCUGUGACCCACUGCUUAAGCCAGUUAAAACCACUGAGCUUCUGAAAGAUUUUAUGAAAAGAGAACUUUAUGAGGAGGUGAAUGAACAUUAUCUAUUUCAUGGCACCAAAGCUGAAUACUUUGAGAGUUUAUCAAAACAUGGACUAGAUCCAAAAUUGUGCUCACAGGCCAUGCUUGGAAAUGGCAUUUAUACAGCAGAGAUGUCAACCAAAGCAGACCAGUACACGGACAUCAGACCAAAAGGAAAUGGAGACCAACGAUCACAACCAGGCACUGAGCUUGUGAUGCUUUUAACAAGAGUUUUACUUGGUAAUGUCUUUGCUAUAACCAGGGAUCAUCCUAAUUUGGUUGAAGGGGCACCAAGAUUGCGUCGACCUCCCUGCAAAGUUUGUUCACGAGAUAUUUGUUUUAAUACAUCCCAUGAGCCUGGUGAUUCUGUGAUGCUGGAAGGCAAAGGAUGUCUGUUUCGUGAAUUUGCUGUUUACGAUUGUAGUCGCUGCUACCCUGAGUACAGGAUCAUUUACAAAAGGAUAGUUCCCCAAAAUGUAUAAAAUAAAUGUUGAGAUAAAAAAGAGUUCACUAAUUUCACAUUAUUAGAUAAACACCCACAUAUAUAAAUUUUAUUUAUACUAUAACUCUUCCUGUUUUAGCAACUUAUUACCAAAUAACAUUAAGAUCUCAGUAAAACAAAUGUAGAGUUUAAUAUUUUUUAAAAUAUUUAUAAAUAGACCAAUACAAUGUGUGUGCAUGUGUAUAUAUAUAUAUAUAUAUAUAU